AACCCAAUCAAAUUCAUUCACAGAACCACCAGCAUCCAAAUUACCAAUAUUACAAAAAUCUUCUUCGCCAAACAAAAAUGGCCAAGUUUACAACUUUUCAUUGCACAUCAUUAGCUUCGUUCAUCAUUACUCUAUCUAUGUUAAACCCAUCUUUUGCUGCAACUACAACUACUACUUACAAUGUCAUAAGCUUUGGAGCAAAACCAAAUGGUGUAACAGACUCCACCAAAGCUUUCCUAAAUGCAUGGUCUGCAGCCUGUGCCUCUCCAACCGCCACUGUGAUUCAAGUUCCCAAAGGAAGGUACUUGCUUCAACCUCUAACCUUCCAAGGCAACUGUAAAAGCCCUGAUAUCAGUUUUCAGAUUGAUGGGACGAUAGUUGCCCCUGCUGAUUAUCGAAUUCUUGGUCGAGUUGAUGACUGGAUUGGUUUCGAAGGAGUUAGUGGCGUUUCCAUCAUUGGAGGAGCUAUAGAUGGCAAUGGACCUGCCUUGUGGGAUUGCAAAGCUAAAGGCAAAGAUUGUCCUAGUGGAGCAACGGCAUUAAGGUUUAGUGACUCCAGCAAGAUUAAGAUCGAUGGAUUAAAGGUAAUAAACAGCCAAAUGUUCCACAUUGCAAUAAAUCGUUGCCAAGAUGUGGUCCUUCAAGGAGUCAAAAUUAUAGCUGCAGGAAACAGCCCCAACACCGACGGCAUUCAUGUCCAGCUAUCCAGAAAUGUUGCAUUCAUUAACUCCUCUGUUCAGACAGGGGACGACUGUGUCUCCAUUGGUCCUGGCACCAAGAAUUUGUGGAUCGAACGCAUAACAUGCGGUCCUGGCCAUGGCAUUAGCAUUGGAAGUCUAGCAAAGGACUUAGAAGAGGAAGGCGUCCAAAAUGUGACAGUGACAAAGGCAAUUUUUAUAGGUGCAGAAAAUGGAUUUAGAAUUAAGUCAUGGGCUAGACCCAGCAAAGGAUUUGUUCAAGGAGUACAAUUUAUUGAUGCUAUCAUGCAAAAUGUCCAAAAUCCAAUUAUAGUCGACCAAAAGUACUGUCCACGCAAUGACAAUUGUCCUGGACAGACAUCUGGUGUAAAAAUCAGCGAUGUGCUUUACAAGAACAUUCGAGGAACAUCAGCUAGCCGUGUUGCCAUAAAUUUCCAAUGCAGUUCAACGAAUCCAUGCACUGGUAUAAGACUUGAAGAUGUUAAGCUAACAUAUAUGAACAAACCAGCUCAAUCAUCGUGUGUCAAUGCAAAUGGAAAAUCCUUUGGAAUGGUUGAACCAAAUGGUUGUUUGUAAUCAAGAAUAACUAUGAAAUGUUUUUCUGCACAUGUAAAUGUUAUUAGCAAAUUGCAUGUAUAUAUGUUGUUCUUUUCCAUGCAAAUGAAGAAAAGGAUAAUUCUUUUG